AUGGCUCCUCAGCGGCGAAAGCAGUCGUCGGUUCCAGAAGGCUUUGUCGAGGAUUUAUCCAAAGGAAAGACCCUCCGAUUCGAAGACUCCCUUCCCAAGCUUCCCGUCCCAUCUCUCGAAGAGACUGGUCGUCGCUACUUGAAAUCCGUUCAUCCAUUGCUUUCGGCUGCCGAGUUCGAGCGGACCUCCAAGGCAGUGCAUGACUUUAUCAAGCCAGGCGGCGAGGGAGAGCCGCUGCAGCAGAGACUGCUUGCUCGUCGCGAUGACCCAAAGAUCAAUAAUUGGCUCAGCGAGUGGUGGAAUUAUUCUGCCUAUCUUGGCUACAGAGACCCCGUUGUCCCUUAUGUUUCGUACUUCUACUCCUACCGUGACGACCGUAAACGUCGCAACCCCGCUGCUCGUGCCGCAACGGUUGCUUUAUCGGCCCUCCAUUUCAGGCGCCAGUUGGUCGAUGGAACGCUAGAACCUGACUAUCUGCGGAAAUUGCCUAUCGCCAUGAGCUCGCUGCAGUAUAUGUUUAAUUGCUCUCGUAUACCCGCUGAAGGUGCGGACUAUCCACAGAAAUAUGCUCCUAGGGAGAACGAACAUAUCACGGUUGUCCGCAAGAAUCAGUUUUUCAAAGUACCUAUAGUCGUCGAUGGCCAAGAACUCACCAGUGCUGAAUUGCAGAAGCAGUUUGAGCGCAUAUAUGAACGUGCUGAGCACCCUGUUGCCCCGGUCGGUGUUUUGACUGCAGCAAACCGUGACCAUUGGACUGCGGCCCGUGCGAAGCUAAUCGAGGCCAGUCCGGCUAAUGCGAAGGCUUUGAAGGACAUUGAAUCUUCGGCUUUCUUGGUAUGCUUGGAUAAUGCUGCCCCCGUCACACUUGAAGAGCGAGCACAUCAAUAUUGGCAUGGUGAUGGUUGCAACCGUUGGUUUGAUAAGCCCCUUCAGUUCAUCAUCAAUGACAACGGUACUGCCGGUUUCACGGGCGAACAUAGUAUGAUGGACGGCAUGCCAACUCAGCGACUAAACGACUACGUGAACAGUCUCAUUUUCGGCAACAAAUUGGAUUACGACAAUACUUCUGUCCGAUCUACUCUACCACCGCCGGCACCCAUCAACUUUGAGCUCAACUUGGAAGUCGAAAAGGCUAUUAACGAGGCACACCAAGAACACCGCUCUCAUAUUGCUGCCCACGAGUUGCGGGUCCAGGCAUUCCAGGCAUAUGGCAAAGGACUUAUUAAAAAAUUCAAAUGCAGUCCUGAUGCGUAUAUACAAAUGCUUAUUCAACUUGCUUACUACAAGAUGUACGGCGUCAACAGACCUACGUACGAGUCAGCCUCGACCCACGAAAGUGUUGCUUUCUGUCGUGCCCACCACGACCCAGAGGUUCCCCGGGAGGAAGUCAUCAAGCUUUUCCGUGCAGCUCUUGCACAGCACACAAAAUACACCGUGGAAGCUAGUGACGGCAAGGGUGUUGACCGACAUCUAUUCGGUUUGAAGAAACUCUUGAAAGAGGGCGAGAAACUCCCUGCACUUUAUGAAGACCCAGUCUAUGCAUACAGCGGAUCAUGGUACCUGUCGACAUCGCAGCUGAGCUCAGAGUACUUUAAUGGAUAUGGAUGGAGCCAAGUCAUUGAUGAUGGGUUUGGCAUCGCAUAUAUGAUCAACGAGGAUAGUCUUCAAUUCAACAUUGUGUGCAAGAGACUCGGCGCAGAGCGCAUGAGUUUCUAUCUUAAUGAAGCCGCGCUGGAGGGCUACGAGCCCGUGUAUAAACUCAUCAUCGACACGAACGCGAACUUCGUCCGCAUCCCUGACUACCACAAAAUCGAAGAAGAGAUCCUGCCAGACUACAUCGCGUCCCGGGACUAUCCCACCGGAAUAGGGGAGGUUGUCCAAGAGCGAUACCAAGUCGUGGGUAAAUUAGGCUUUGGAUCUACCUCUACUGCGUGGAUUGCGCUGGAUAUGGAGUAG